GACAAGUAUAACCUGGGGACGUCUUGUAAUUUGCAAAUUACCGCCUCACUUCUGUGCAUGGAUCUAUUAAAAUAACCUCUGUGUUACUUGCAGCGCUUUCGCACGGGAUAAGCAAAGCGGGGCUUCUUCGACCAAAGGGCAUAUUAAGGGAUGCUGCGUGGAGAGGAUAUGGUGACAUCUGAUGGAGCAACACUCUGCGUGGAGGCUGCGGAUCAUAGAGUACGCGUGGGCUCACGGCAUGAUAGAUGUGUUCCAAGAUGUUGAGGCUUUCUGUUGGCCAGAAGGGGACUGGGGUAUAUUGAGCCUGGAUGAGUCCUGGUGUGUCCGUGUUGCGUCUGCACAGGUCUACAAUAUUAUCAAAAGCAGACAACCCCAUCACUAUGAGAGAGUGCUGGCCUUUUUGGAGCACACUCAUACCCUGUUGCCCACAUUGGUGCCUCCCAUCAAACAUAUGAAGAUUGUAUUUGGUCUCAAAACCAUGGUGAUCAUGUGGAUGCUAAGGGAAGGCAUCGGACCUAUCAGUGUCGUACAGAAAAUUAUUAAAUACUUUCCCGCUAAACUGCCUCAAUAUGAAGAUCACUGUAGGAAACAUGAGAUGUAUCUUAUGAGAAGAAACCAGCUUGACUUCAGGACCUUUGCUGAGUCACUGGUUAUGGACAAACGAAGGCUUGAGGACUAUAUCCAGAAUCAUGUGGAGGAACAGUAUGGGGAGCAGUAUGCUCAAAAGACAGAGGAGAGACUGCUUUACUAUCUGCGUGAACUGGACAAAGCUUUGCCACAGUGUACCUAUAUUGAUAAGAUCAUGAAGAAAAAUGUUCCUGUAAAAGAAGAGGAGAAAGCGCUGUUAGACUUAAUCACUGACGACUUGAUCACCACAGCAACAAGUUUGAAAAAACUACUGCAUUCUGAUGCUGUUUGUUGCUACUCACUCAGCAAGUCAUUCCUGGGUUCUUGUGUCUGUGUUGGCACCUCCCAAGAACAACUCAAAUCUGCAGCAGAGAAGUUCUUAGAGCUAGAUUGUUCAGUCACUGAUACAAGAAUGGUGCAUAUAGAUGGACCAAGAACAGAACAUACUUUAGACGAAACAAACAAAACAACCUGUGUAAGUGCAACAGAGACGGACAAGACAGAAGAAAGUUGCCUGGAAAACAGUUCAAACAAGGUUAGUCCUCAUUUCUGCUCCAAACACCAGCGCUGGGUUAGUAACCUCUUGUGUGAAUGUCCCAUGGAGUCAUCUGAAGAGCAGCCACAUCAGGUCAGUGAGAUCUCCCCUUCGCUCUUCACCUCCACCUCCUCCUCAGACCUCACCCCCUCUGACCUCCCCGUCCCACCUGAGCAACACCUGUCGCCAUCCACCACCAAUCAGCUCCAAGAGGUAGAAGAAAAUCCAAAGACUGUAGAACCAGUGGACCUGGCAUCUCCAUUGCAUCCAGCACCACCUCCAGCUGAGUCCUUUAUAGCAGGGGCCAGUGUUCUUAAAGUUGUAAUAGUCCCAUGCAUGGAUAUAACUCCGGUCACUAUAUGUCCUGGAAAAAGUAGUGCUACACCAAAUGAUAUUCAGAUGGGUAAUAACGAGGAUUUAGUGGCAGCAAGUUCUACAGUGAGCAAUUCUGCAAGAACAUUAACACCUCAAACUGUUACCUCUUCCAAGCCAUUUAUUUCAGAGCUCUCCAGGAGGUUCAGACUUGGAGAAAAAUAUCUCCAAUCACAAUUUGAGGGAAAUGGAGCCAAAAAAGUGUGCUAUUCUUCCCACAUGAACUUAAUGAAUAAAGGCAGUGAUGCUAGCUUUUCUACACAUUCUACCUCAGGGAUGGACAUCACGUGCAACACACAGAAAUAUGUAGACGUUGAAUCAAGUUUUAUUGAUCACAUGGCAAGUUCUCAGAACAAUUUGACAUUCAUUAACAACAAUAUGAAGCCUUGUGUGGUCCUGAAGCGAAUGAGUAUUGAAGAGUGUCUAAGGAUAACUAAAGGAAGAUUUCAGUGCGUACAGUGUGUUGAUAUGAGGGAGAGUAUUGAUCCUGACGUUUACAUAUUCAAUGUUAACUCUUUGUACUCCAGCAGUUCUUCAGAGGACGAAACAGAUUCCGAUACAGAAUACAGGCCUACCUCAAAUACACUGAAAAGAUGGUCUAGGGGUCUUUUACCCAUUUGAAUACUGAAGAUUACUGAAGAAUAUAGGGUACCCAUAAAACAUAACUUUAGCUUAUUAUGUCUCAGACUUUUUAUUUUUGCCUUUUUGUAGCACAUUAACAAACACUCCACAAAGUAAUGUUGUAAUAAGGAUUGCAUAAACACAUUACAUAAUAGUUGUGUUAUGUUGUUUUUAAAUAUGUUUCUAUAUGGAAUACCUUGGCGUGUAUAAAAUGCAGUUGCUGAUAUUUGAAAGUCUUUUAUUCUGACUUACUUGAGUUUCAACCCUUUUAUAAUAUUUUUCCUCAUCAAAAAACACAUCAUGACAUCAUAGGUGGAAACUCAAAAAGUGUUUUCUGGUGUGUAUAAAACUCAGCCAAACUUAUUCAGAUAAUUUAAUGUUUGUUAAAACUGCCUAAAUGGUACAAGAUUAAAAAGCCUGAAUA